AUGUCCACAAGCGCUCGGCCAGUCGCCGGUCUCUCUUCCUCUGCCGCAGCGUCUUCCCAGGCCAAACCCGACAGGCUAUAUAUCGGCAAUCUUUCGUCAACCGUAGAUGAGUACACCCUCAUCCAGCUCCUACAGCGCUAUGGCAGCAUCACCAACCUGGACUACAUGUUCCACAAGUCUGGCGCGCUCAAGGGCAAGCCAAGGGGCUACGCCUUCGUUCAAUUUUCUAGUAAAGAUGACGCGUUAAAAGCUAUGGUAAAGCUGCAUGAUCGACUACUGAGGGGAAGGAAGCUCGUAGUUACCUACGCAAGCUCCGCUCCUCUUACCGACUUGCCACUUGCUUCUAAAGGCCGUCGUUCUGAACCGGCCAAGACGACCACCCUAUCCCUGCUCAAGAGUCAGAAGAAGCCUCACAGUGCGGCUGCCCAAAUUGCAGCUAUGGAAGCUAAGCUCGCCUCGAUGCAAAGCCGGAAGCCUGCGGAUGAAGAUUAUGUACCCGGUCAAUCCUUCCGGGUUUCACCGGCGGUCGGGUCGCCGGGACCCUCCUCUCAGCGCGUGCACGAAGAUGAUGAGAUGGAUCUAGAGGAGGAGCUGGGGCUGGACGCGGGGAGGAGGGCGGCAGAAGAUUUAGAGAGGGAGAUGGUGGCUGAGCUGGAAGGGAAGGGGAAGGGGAAAGGGAGGGGAAGGGCGAGUCCAGAUAGGUCGCGCGGACCAUCUAAACUAGCCCCUCCUACCACUACCCCAGCCGAACCGACUUCCUCAUCUGCAGCUCCCGCCGACCACGGCUCCGGGAAGUCUCCUCACCUUCCAGCCCAUCGCGGACCAACGCAGAACCUCUCGCCAUCAAGACCUGCAGCCCCUCCAAAAGGUCUCGCAAACUUGCCGAAGAAGCCAUCGUUCUUGUAG